AUGGAACCUACUCCUCCAUCCGCGGCCGAACAGAAUCGACCAGUCCGGGUCGCUGUCGUUCAAGCUGAACCCGUCUACUUUGAUCUUGACGGCGCUGUCAGCAAGACGAUUAAGCUGAUUGGCGAAGCUUCGACUAAAGGGGCGAAAUUGAUCGCCUUUCCUGAGGUCUGGAUACCUGGCUAUCCGUCAUGGAUCUGGGCACGCGGAUGUGACAUGGAUCUCGUUCAGAAGUACAUCAAGAACUCCCUAUCUCGAGACUCGCCGCAAUUGCAACGAGUUUGCGACGCUGCCGCCCUUCACAACAUCGAUGUCAUACUUGGGUAUUCUGAAAGAGACGGAGACUCGCUUUAUUUGGCUCAAAGUUACAUCGCUUCCGAUGGGACUAUCCAACGAAGUCGACGAAAGAUCAAACCGACUCAUAUGGAACGGACUAUUUUUGGUGAUGGCAGUGGAUCCUCUCUGUUGAACGUCAUCGAUCGUCCUGGAGUGGGUAAGGUUGGGAUGCUUUGCUGCUGGGAGCACUCUCAGCCGUUGCUCAAGUACCACACGCAUUCCCAAGGCGAGCAGAUCCACGUCGCGUCUUGGCCGGCACAAUUGUGUCAUGAAGAAGGUAAAGGUCUAUGGUCGACGGCAAAUGAAGGCUCCCUUAAUCUCUCAAUUACAUACGCUAUAGAAGGAGGUUGCUUUGUACUCCAUGCUUGCGCUAUCCUCACGCAACAUGGCGUUGACGUCAUGCAAACGAUCAAUGGCGACCAGUACUACGCGCCAGGCGGUGGCACUUCAUGUGUCAUCCGACCGGAUGGAAAAAUCUUGACUGAGAGAUUGCCGGACGAUCAAGAGGGUCUCGUCAUCGCGGAUCUUGACAUGGACGACAUCCUCCGCUCCAAGGCCUAUCUCGAUACACAGGGUCACUAUAGCCGGCCAGAUUUGCUGUGGAUGGGUUCCAAUACUGAGGAAAUGACAAGAGUCAGAGCUUGA